AUGUUGGCCUUGACGGACAAGCGUUUCGUGCUCUUCCCGAUCCAAUAUCCAGAGAUUUGGAAGAUGUACAAGACAGCCCAGGCGUCUUUUUGGACUGUCGAGGAAAUAGACCUGUCUAAAGAUCUUCAAGACUGGAAGAACAGGCUCAACGACGGAGAGCGGCUGUUUAUCUCGCACGUUCUAGCCUUUUUUGCAGCAUCCGACGGAAUAGUGAUCGAGAACUUGGUCGAGCGCUUCUGCGCAGAGAUCCAAGUUCCCGAAGCUCGUUGCUUCUACGGAUUCCAGAUUAUGAUGGAGAAUGUCCACUCGGAGACGUACUCGCUGCUCAUUGAGACUUAUAUUCAAGACUCGAAGGAGAAACAGAGGCUGCUCUCAGCACAGCGCACCAUGCGUACCGUCGCGGAGAAGGCAGCAUGGGCGCAGAAAUGGAUACAGGAUCCCAACACUUCCUUCGCCGUCAGACUCGUCGCUUUCGCAGCUGUUGAAGGGAUAUUCUUCUCUGGCUCCUUCGCUGCGAUAUUCUGGCUCAAGAAACGCGGCCUAAUGCCCGGCCUCACGUUUUCAAACGAACUCAUCAGCCGCGACGAAGGGCUUCAUACCGAGUUUGCCUGCCUUAUAUUCUCAAACCUGUCUACGCGACCUGAUAUGCGCGUCGUGCAUUCUAUACUAUCACACGCGGUCGAAAUAGAAAAGCGGUUCCUCACCGGUACGCGCACUUUCGUUCCCAUUUCAUGA